AGCCCCACAUCAGGAGAAUAAAGCCUGAUGCUAUUUCAGGCCUUCAGCACAGAUGUGCAAUAAAACCCCAUGUUUCACAACCCUACAUUACUUAUAAAAUAACUCCAUUAAUAACCUGCAGAGCUUGCCAUAAAGCCACUUUGCAUGGUUAAUUUGCACAGAUUGGGCACAAAGGAAUAACCAGAAAGCUCAGGCUGAGCUUGACCUUGUGCUGCCCAUCCAGGGCAGGAGGGAUGGUGGGUUUAUUCCAGCACAGGUACUGCCUUGGUGCCUGAAAAUAGAAAGGUACCUAAAGCAAAGCCUUUUAUGUAUCUUCAGGCCAUUAUCCUUGGAUCACAGCACUCCUGGAAAAUCUACAAAUACAGAAUAAGGUAAAUAAUCUGAUUUUUUUUUUUUUUACAGAUAUUCUGUUUUUUCCAUACGUGUUUUUCAUAGGAUGAAAAUCCAAUUUGUAUGUGCAAAAAUAUUUGAAAAUCCAUGUCUUCCUGUGCCUGUGAGCUGUUCUGGGGAGGGCUGGGUCGUGGGAGGCAGCACUGCCAGCCUCAGCCUCACUGAGCACAUUUCUGACAGGCCACCACAGCACAUAUGGAAAAAAUCAAGCAGCACUGAAGUACUACAGAAAGCACUAAAAAUCUGACGGGUUUUUUGUUAUCAUUUUUAAUAUUGUCCUUUAAAAAGAAAAGCAAACAAGUUCAACUGAUGGGUUUAUUAUUCCAAAGGUUGAUUUUACAGUGUUCUGCCUUUUAGAGAAUCCAGGCAAUUCCUGUUUGAACUCAAAUGUCAGCAUUUUGAUAUAUCUUGUUGCACAGAGCCAUAACGGGGUAAAAACGGGGAGAGGAGCUCUCUGCAUCAGCGUGGCAGCUCUGAGAAUCCCAGGGACGGCCCUGUGGGACCCAAGCCAUGGGAAAGGGCUCGUAAAAAGUCCCGUUUGCGUUUCCCUUGCAGCAGGAAGCGCGCGGGCAUGGCAUGAGCGGCCCUGGCGCUGCGGGCCAUGCCCUCCUCCAACAGCUCUGAGCUCAGCCCGUCCUUCAUCCUGGCCAGCCUGCCGGGGCUGGAGGCGGCGCACUCCUGGAUGGCCAUCCCGCUGUGCUCGGCCUACGUGCUGGCCGUGCUGGCCAACGGCGCCGUGCUGCUGGUGGUGCGCGCCGAGCCCAGCCUGCACGCGCCCAUGUACUUCUUCCUCUGCAUGCUGGCCGCCAUCGACCUGGCGCUGGCCACCGCCACCGUGCCGCGCACCCUCUGCUUCUACUGGUUGGGCAGCCGCGAGAUCGGCUUCGCCGCCUGCCUGCUGCAGAUGUUCCUCAUCCACACGCUCUCGGCCGUCGAGUCCACCGUGCUGCUGGCCAUGGCCGUGGACCGCUACGUGGCCAUCUGCCACCCGCUGCGGCACGCCGCCGUGCUCACCAACGGCGCCACGGCCAAGGUCGGGCUGCUGGCCGUGGCCCGAGGCGUGCUCUUCUUCCUGCCGCUGCCCCUGCUCCUCCUGCCCCUCCCCUUCUGUGGCCCCCGCGUGCUGUCCCACUCCUUCUGCCUGCACCAGGACGUGAUGAACCUGGCCUGCGCCAACACCACGCCCAGCGUGGUGUACGGGCUCACCGCCAUCCUGCUGGUGAUGGGGCUGGACGCCGUGCUCAUCUGCCUCUCCUACCUGCUCAUCCUGAGGGCCGUGCUGCGCCUCGCGGCCUGGAGGGAGCGGCUCAAGGUGUUCAGCACCUGCAUCGCCCACAUCUGCGUGGUGCUGGCCUUCUACGUGCCCCUGAUCGGGCUGUCCGUGGUGCACCGCUUCGGCAAGGACCUGGCUCCGCUGGUCCACAUCGUCAUGGGCAACGUCUACAUCCUGGUGCCCGCUGUGCUCAACCCCAUCAUCUACGGGGUGAGGACCAAGCAGAUCCAGAGGAGGAUCCUGAGCUUGAUCCACGUCACUGCCAGAGCUCCCCGGUGACCCCAGCCCGGCCGCCGCCCCGUGUCCUCACCCUCGUUUUACACCAGAGCCUUUGGUGCUGCGCGCUCUCCGUGUCCUCUCCGUGUGCUCCGAGGUGCUGCCACCAGGCAGAAGCUGAUUGUGAACUCCUUCCCAGAGUGUUUGCCCUCACCAAACUCAGAGAAAUGACUGCAGUGAUCUAAAUCCAAGCCCGACCUGGCAAAGUUCCACAAGAAGGGAAAAGUGACUCAGCAAACUUACACAGAUGUCCCAACAUUGCUCCUCUUGGUUCCCUUCUCACCUCUAACAGUGGCAGGGCAGAGAAAAUGCUGGAUGGUUUGGGAUGAUUUAGUUAAUUCAUUGUUUUCACGUGGGGCACAGUCACACUCCAGAAGUUUUGCCAAAAAAUUUGCAUGUAGCAUCAUUCUUUAAGUAAAAUAAUUACAGGACACCUGUCCAAAGUGACAUUACAGAUGCAGAAAGGCAUUUCAGAGAAAGAACAUCCACCGCUGUGGUCUUGUUCUGACCUGCUGUGUGCUCUGUCAAGACCCCUUAACCUCCUCAUAGCAGAUGCUGUGGAAAAACCAGACUCAGAGGUACUGGUAGCAACUGUAAAAAUAAUUUAAAUUAGUAAUUGCAUUCAAUAAAAUGAAAACAUCUCAAGGGGAAAAAAAUAAGCGAGUUAUAAAUGUCAGUGAUGAUUCCAAGCUGAAGGAAGUCUCGUUUCCAAGCCAAAGGUGUUCCACACUGGGAAUUCCUGAAACGUCCUGUCACUAGCACCACUGAACAGAGUCUGGCAGCAUCCUCUGGCACGCCUUGGAGAGGUGUGUGCGUUGAGGGGAGCCCCUCUCAGUGCUCUCAUCCUCACGAACUGUGGCUUCACACUCGAGGGGAAGUCGGGGAUGUUCCCACCGGAGCAGACACAGAGAUCCCUCAGGGAGGGGCCAGGAGCGCCAGGGCUGAGCUCCCGCUCGGGCACCGUGGGUUUGGCUGCCCCGGGGGUGGCACAAGGCCCUGCCCAGACCUUUCUGGAGCUGCAGCAGCACUGCUCGGACCUGCACUCCAUCAGGAGGCCCAGGUGCUCUCAAGCCCCAGUGUCUCCAUUAGCAUCCCAAAAUCCCCAAACCCCUGGGGCUGGCGCAGCCCUGCCAGCCCAGGCAGUGCCAGCUGUGCCCCGUGCCCACCUUGU